CAUCCAGUCACAUAUAAGGGGUGUAAGAUGUAAUCUGAGUGUUGCUUGCAUUGUCGCUUUGACCUAUCAGGUAAUAGAGCAGCGUUCAGUGGUGGGAGAAAGGGAAGAUUUAAGAGGUGUUGUGCAUCAGAAGCGGUUUAAUCCUGCAGCCCGAACAUGAAUGAGAAAAAGCGAAAACAAAAACAGUACUACGCCAAACAGGCCAAAAGAGCGAAGUUCGAAAAGAGGAAACUUCAUCCAGGAUUGCGGGGUUUCCUUUGCACGACAAACAAUAAAGAAAGGGAGUGUGUUCGGGAAGCAUAUAAUUUGCUAAAUGAGUAUGCCAAUGAAAUGUUUGGUGCUGAACAGGAACUUCAGGAGUCAGCUGAUGCUGGUGGAGAGGUGGAAGCUGACCUUGAGGCUGAGCUGGCUGCACUCAAGAGCAAAAGUACUCCCAAAGAAAGGAGAUUCCAGCAGGUUGAAAGUGGUGCCAAAAACUGCAUAUUCAUCAGUACUCAGCUGGAGCAGACGGCGCCGCUGGUGGAGCGCAUCGCCCGCGACAUCCGCCGCACGGGCGUGCAGCGCACCCGCUACCUCCUGCGCCUGCUGCCCGUCCAGGUCACGUGCAAGGCCACGGAGGAGGAUAUUCGUGCCACGGCCGAGCAGAUGAUCAAGGAGGCAUUCACAGAGCUGGGCACCACAUACACGACCGUGUUCAGGUCGCGGAACCAGUCGCAGCUGACGCAGACCGAGGCGCAGACGGCGGUGAACGGCCUGAUCGAGGCCGUGUGCCCGACGGCGCGCCUCGACCACAAGACGCCGCAGCUCACCGUCGUCAUGGAGGCCAUCCGUAACGUGCUCUGUCUGGCCGUGCUGCCCGACUACUUCGCGCUGCGCAAAUACAACCUGGUGGAGCUGGCGCGGCCGGCGGACGGCGCGGCGGAGUGGCACCACCUGUAG